AUGGCUUUGCUGGGACUGCUCGUCCUGCUGGCCCUGACCUGGCCCGUGGGGGCCGCCUGGGACACGUGCAGAGGCACCUGCGGACUCCGGCCCAUGGCCUUCGACCACAGAUCGCUGGUUCCCGAAAAUUCCCAGGACUCUGACUAUGGAUCCUGGGAUUCUUUCGAAGACACCUCGCAGGACAUGGGUGGCACUGGGGUCCACCCAGGGGCCUGGCCUGGUGUCAUCAGCAUCCAGGCCACCUUGGACAAUGGCACGUGGCACAUGUGCUCGGGGGCACUCAUCCACCCCCAGUGAGUGCUGACAGUGGCCAGCUGCUUGUGGAAGGUGCUGAUCGGGGCCACGGAUCUGGCUAAGCCGGGCCCCAAGGCCGAGGUGUUCCAGAUCAAGCAGAUCCUGGUGCACAAUGGCUACGUGGCCGCCACGGCCAGGAGCAACAUUGACCUCCUGAGGAUGGACCAGCCCGUGGAGUGCAGCGACUACAUCCAGCUGGGCUGUGUGCCCGACAGCUCCCUGGCAGUGCCCGAGCUGAAAACCUGCUACAUUGCGGGCUGGAGAGCCACCCCGGGCAGCGCCCGGAGCCCACGCCUGGUGCUGCAGGAGGCCAAGGUGCGGCUCAUGGACGUCCAGCUUUGCAACAGCAGCCGCUGGUACGGGGGGGCCGUGCACCCCCAGGACCUGUGCGCGGGGUACCCGCGGGGCGGCAUCGACACCUGCCAGGGGGACAUCGGGGGACCUCUGGUCUGCAAGGACAACGUUGGUGACUACUUCUGGCUGGUGGGACUGGCCAGCUGGGGCCGAGGCUGUGCCGGGGCCAAGCGACCCGGGGUGUUCACCUCCACCCAGCACUUCCACACCUGGAUCCAGGUGCAGAUGGGAUUGCUCCCACCAGGAACUGAUGUUCCUCCUGCAGAGCCCUUCCCACUGCCACCCCCGGAACCAGAGGAAGAGCCUGAGCUGGACUCAGAUUUGAGCGAUCUGGAGAAUCCCAACCCAGAACCAGAGGAUUCUACGGUGAUUUCAUUCCAACAACAAAUCCUGGGGAAAUUCCUGAAUCUGGUGCUGGAGCUCCUGCAGUUCCUGAAGGGAUGGAAGGUGCUGAUCGGGGCCACGGAUCUGGCUAAGCCGGGCCACAAGGCCGAGGUGUUCCAGAUCAAGCAGAUCCUGGUGCACAAUGGCUACGUGGCCGCCACGGCCAGGAGCAACAUUGACCUCCUGAGGAUGGACCAGCCCGUGGAGUGCAGCGACUACAUCCAGCUGGGCUGUGUGCCCGACAGCUCCCUGGCAGUGCCCGAGCUGAAAACCUGCUACAUUGCGGGCUGGAGAGCCACCCCGGGCAGCGCCCGGAGCCCACGCCUGGUGCUGCAGGAGGCCAAGGUGCAGCUCAUGGACGACCUGUGCGCGGGGUACCCGCGGGGCGGCAUCGACACCUGCCAGGGGGACAUCGGGGGACCUCUGGUCUGCAAGGACAACGUUGGUGACUACUUCUGGCUGGUGGGACUGGCCAGCUGGGGCCGAGGCUGUGCCGGGGCCAAGCGACCCGGGGUGUUCACCUCCACCCAGCACUUCCACACCUGGAUCCAGGUGCAGAUGGGAUUGCUCCCACCAGGAACUGAUGUUCCUCCUGCAGAGCCCUUCCCACUGCCACCCCCGGAACCAGAGGAAGAGCCUGAGCCGGACUCAGAUUUGAGCGAUCUGGAGAAUCCCAACCCAGAACCAGAGGAUUCUACGGUGCUGAUCGGGGCCACGGAUCUGGCUAAGCCGGGCCCCAAGGCCGAGGUGUUCCAGAUCAAGCAGAUCCUGGUGCACAAUGGCUACGUGGCCGCCACGGCCAGGAGCAACAUUGACCUCCUGAGGAUGGACCAGCCCGUGGAGUGCAGCGACUACAUCCAGCUGGGCUGUGUGCCCGACAGCUCCCUGGCAGUGCCCGAGCUGAAAACCUGCUACAUUGCGGGCUGGAGAGCCACCCCGGGCAGCGCCCGGAGCCCACGCCUGGUGCUGCAGGAGGCCAAGGCCACCAUGCCCUACACAUGGAACCGGCCCCUGUGUAACAUCAGCCUGGCCUGGUGGCACCAUGGGCACUGCCAGGGCGGUGGGCACCAGAGGUGA